AUGACAACCAACCAAGCCGCGUGGAUUGAUGGCCCGGGCAAGGAGUUCAGGGUAUGAUCCCAUGAUAGCCCACGGUCACAGAUCCGACUCUACAAUGCUAAUUUCGUCCAGGUUGGCGAGAGCAAGAUCCCAACUCCUGGUGCCGAUGAUGUAGUUGUGAAAAAUCACGCUGUGGCAGUGAACCCAGUCGACUGGAAGAUCCAAGACCACGGUCUGUUCAUCAAGGAAUGGCCAACCGUUCUCGGCUGCGAUAUUGCUGGAGAGGUGCAUGAAGUUGGCUCCAACGUCAAGCAAUUCAAGAAAGGCGACCGCGUCUUUUCGUGAGUCUAACGGGUCCCGCAUCUGUUCUUGCCAUACUGACAUACUGUGUAAAAGCCAUGCGAUUUCACUCGCCACCGGGGAUCCUGCAGAUGGCGCCUUCCAGCUGUACACCAAGACGCAAGCCGUGCUCGCGGCCAAGAUUCCAGACUCAAUCUCGUACAACCAUGCCUCCGUCCUGCCACUGGCUGUCGAUACUGCAGGUCACGGGCUCUACGACUCGAGGGAAAAGGGCUUCAUGGGCCUUCCUCACCCAUCCCUCGAGCCAAAGCCUUCUGGCAAGACGAUCCUCAUCUGGGGUGCCUCUGGCUCCGUCGGUGCCCUCGCAACUCAGCUCGCCACCGCUUCGGGUGCCAAGGUCAUUGCUGUAGCCAGUGCACGCAAUCACAACUUCGUCAAGCAGCUUGGCGCUGCUGAGGCCUUCGACUACAACACCAGCUCUGUCGUCGAUGAUGUCGUCAAAGCAAUCAAAGCAGCUGGUGGAGACUUCGCUGGUAUCUACGACACGAUCUCCACCCCAGAUGCUAACAAGUACGUUUUCGAAAUCGCGGAGAAGAUCGGCGGCACCAACGUUUGCAUCACUCUUCCGCCACCAGAGAAAGUCCCCUCUUCUGUGAAGCUCGGACAAGUCUUCGCUAUCAACAACGCAAUCAACGGCCCUCUUUGGGAGAAAUACCUCACUCCAGCGCUAGAGCAGGGUAAGCUGAAGGCCGUGCCGGAGCCAUUGGUUGUUGGAAAGGGUCUCGAGAGUGUGCAGAAGGGCCUCGCCAAAAAUAAGGAGGGUGUCAGUGCUAAGAAGGUCGUGAUCGAGCUCUAA